AUGUUCAGCUUCGACGAGGCGGUGAAAUUCUUGGACUUUGACGAGUAUCCAGUCAGGAAUGGGCACGAGUGGAAUGAUAGGGUUAAGGAAGCGGAAGCGUGGAUGGCAGCCCGGCGUGAAGCUCUAGCGGAAGUAGUAGCUGAAGGGAGAAGGCUGGCCGAUACGGGCAGAAUGGAGCUCGAGACGCACAGGGCCAUUGAACAGCUCGACAACGUCAUCGAUGUCGCUAAUGAGUUCGAAGCGGAAAUCGAGCGAAAUCGUGGUGAGGUCGACCUCGCUGUAGAAAAACGCGAUGGACUGGAGAAAGACAUCCGAGCCAUGGUUGACGUCAUCCACAGUCUAGCCCAAAGAAACCUGCAAGAGCCCGAGAUUGUCCAAGCGACGCGUCGAGAUCUCUCAUCGAGAGAUCCACAGCUGUGCUCUCUCUCGAGGAGAGCUGCCGAGCUACACGCAUCGUUACCUGGAAGAUCCUCGGCUUCUCGCGAUGCAUCGCUGGAUGAGCUGAAUCAACUUCUCGGCCAACUCGAAGCCGGGCUGGCAGGAUCGGCUUCACGCAGCGAAACAAGAGAACCAGGCCCCUCACAACCAUCGCCAGAUAGAACCUCGAGGAGUAGUGUUGGAGGGGAGCUAGCGAUGGAGGUGAUGUGCACGGACCAGGGCACAACCACCGAAGAAGAGAAGUCCAAGGCUGAAGCUCAGGAAGAGCCGAAACACCGUCAACAAUCAUCCGUCGACAUCCCGAUCCACUUUGAGCCCGAGCAGCCGCAACGUCUCGGCCAGAUGAACAUUGAAGUAGAAGAGGAACAGGCGAGUACAGUAGCACACUUUGCAUCUAUUGCACAACACCAUAAUACACCUAAUGACGGUUGUAGCCACGGGUCUAUCCCCGUUGGGAUAUGCACUAAUGAGAUAGUUAACCUUCAGAAGGGUGGAGACGUCGUGGCAACGUCGUCUGCAAUUCAGACUUCAAAAACUUCUGAAGAAGAAGCUCGGCAAGCCGUGACGUCAUCAGAUUUUAAGCCAGAAGAUAGAUAUGAAGCUCAGACCGCUUCAAAUGUGAAGCAACCGGAAGAUCAUGCUCCUGAAGCUUCUGAAGCCAAGUUGGAAAGGACGUCAUCUGAAGCCAAGGCUCUAGACGAUGACGGAGCCAAGACGAUUUCCAGAGUGACAGCACCUGCAACGAAGCUGGAGCCCGAAUCUCAUGCUCCUGAAGCUUCAGAAUCGGCUGCUAAGUUGGAAAGGACGCCUCCUGAAAAGAAGCUGGAGCUUGAACCUCGGGCUCCAAAACCCGAGGAGCAAGACGCUCUAGCCCGAGCUCCAGUAGUGGAAGCGGUGCCAGUUAUGCGUUUCUCGGAAAACCAAGAAGGCCUAGCUCAUGCUCCUGAAGCUCCAGAAUCCGAAGCUAAGCUGAAAAGGAUGUCCUCUGAAGCCAAGCCCGAAGCCGAAGCCCAAGCUUCUCCACAUCCUGAAUCCGUAAUCACGUCAGCUGGGCCCAAGCCGCAAGCCGAAGCUCAAAAACCUGUCGAAGCCCCAGAACCAAAGCCCGAAUCGUCGCCGAUCCGACAUUACGCUGUGAAGUCGGUGUUGGAGCAGGUGUUGGACAAUGUACGAUCACAAAGCUCGUCACCGGAUACGGCUUCAGUUGAGCUGAACUUCCCCAGUUCGUCGGAAGGAGAAUUUGGAAGCUCCAGUGAGGAAGAAGGUGAACAGGCAAAAGAAGACGUUGAGAAGGCGACGGAAGCUCACGAUGUCGAAGCUGUUCAAGCAGAUGAUGCUCAUGAGCCUGCUCAAGUCGCAGUUGAGCCUGAAAGUCUGCAACAUAAAGAAGAACCACCGCAACUUCAGCAAGCGGCUCAGCCAGUAGGUGAAGCCGAACUCCCCGAAGUCGGCGCCGCAGAAGGGGUGCCUCGGCCUCAAAAAGCAGCCGGGCUUGGAAUCGUAGCCACCAAGCCGGUAGAUAAAGUUUUAUUUCCUGAAGUCGCUGCUCCACAUAAACCUCCACCUGUGGAUGAAGCUAUAAAACCAGUAGGUGUAUCUGGACUCCCUGAAGUCAGCGCUCCAGAGCUGCUUCAACUUGAGGCCAAAGCCCCGGAAGCCCAAUUAAUCCUGACCGACGUCAGACCGGUUGAACUUGGCGCUGAGCUCGUCCUCAGGACCCCAUCUCCAAGACCGGAAACACCGCUAGAGGGGGUGCUGGAGAAGGUCAAGGAUUCUCUUGAUGUGUCGGCUAUUAUUGAGACCGUACUGCUCGAGUUGGAGCAGGUGCCGAAGGCCGUAAAGGUUGAGCACGAGGAAAGAGCUGUAGGAGCUGAACCGACACCGGAAGAAGCCGGAAGGGUUCCGGUAGUCGUAGAAGACGUAAAAACCAAGCCAUAUCCGGACGAAUCCGGCGAAAAAGCGGGUACAGUAGGAGUUUCCGACAAGGUGCAGGAAAUUCUGGAAAGAUCCGAUUUACAAAAGCCAGUUCCGGAAGUUCAGAAAGCUGUUGUGAAGCGAGAAGCGGAAACGUCUCCAGGAACCGAAAUUCCGGAACAAUCCACCGUACAAACGGUAAGUUCAAGAAUUCCGGAAGAAUCCGCUCCUAAAGCGGCCAUUCCGAAAGAGGUAGCAUACCGGAAAGAAACGGAAUCAAACUCAGAAAUUCAAGCAAUUCCGGAACAAUCCGACAUGCACCCAAAAACCACAAAAAUCCCGGUUGAAAUCGCUGAAGAACCGGCCAUUCCUGAAGAGCAACCAGACCGGAAAAAGCCCGAAAUUCCGAUGCACUCCUCCGUACACUCAAAUCCAGAAGCCGACACCUCAAAUAUCCCGAAAGACUCAUUCUCCGGAGAUGAAUCAACCUUGAGCAUCAUCAACUAUGAGGACAACCUCGUUCCCGUUGAACCGGAAAUGGCCAAUAUUGAGGCUACCGUAGCCCCGAAACAAAAGACGGAAGCGGAUACGGUAGCCCUGGCAAUAGCCCCACUACAGCACGCACCUAUUGACGAACCGGGGAUACCGUAUCCGGUGUAUAAUUUGGAGGAGGAGGACGGGAGGAGUUUGGACUCGUACUCUGAGCCUUUAUCGAAAUAUGAGACUCCGCCAGAGACUUUGAGGGAUGCGACACCGUCUAGUGAUGAGAUGAGCGAUGUCACUCCGAAGCCGUUGGCUGGGACAGACUCCCGUGAGGUGACACCAGUAGAAAAGGGUCAAAGAGAACCGAGUGGGUCGCGGGUGGAAGAGGCGAUCAUCCCAAAAUCCAUCAAAUCCUACGAAAAGACCCCGCCACGACAUCAACCUUCUUCUUCCAAAAAUCGACCCGACAUGGAUGAGGUCUACGAAAUCCUCGACAACAUUGAAGAUGGACUAUCGUUUGAAGAGGAAUAUCCACUCGAAAAUGUUGAGAGAGAUGAGAGACAUUAUAAGGAGAUGCACAAACAAUUGGAUGAAGCUGCAAAGGCACUGGAGGCGAAUCUCAUGGAAAUGAAUAUGAUGCAGGCGGAUCACACCCGAGAUCGUAUCGAAACCCUGCGGAAAGAUGUAGAUGAACGCAAGAGGAAAGGCCAUGAUGAGAAGAGAGAAUGGAUCGAUUUUUCGAAGACCCUACAAGAAGCUGAAAGGCUCUACCUAAAGGGGAUGAGACUAACCGACGACUGGACAAAGAAGGGAUUGAAAGACAGAGAGAACCCGAAGGCCAAGGAGAUGUUGGAUCGGAUAGCCAGGACGGCAAACCGUGCGGAGACAGCAGUGUGUGAUGUGGUGCGUCGUGCUGGAGGAUCCGAAAAACGACUCGCCGAACUCGCUGAUCAUCGCCAGACCCUGAGCCAACUUGAGCAGGGCAAAGACCGCCUCGUCCUGAUGCAUACUGUAGAGAUGCAUGUCAAACACGACGUCCGAAGGCUCGUCUCACAGGCCGCACAACGCAUCGCUGAUAUUCGCUCCGAUAUCGCGGAUCGAUCACGAUCAUUAGACGAAAUGAGACUCCGAGCAGAGGAAAUGUGGCGAGAAGUGGAUCGAGUGGAAGAAAUGGCAAAAGAAAUCGAGAGAAGGGUCGAAGCUGCGAGGGAUGCUGUUAUUUAUACACCAUCGAGGGAUACGGCUAUGGCUGUUAAGAGCGACGCCGCAGACCUUCGAAUGGCGGCCAGCAAACUCGAGAAAAUCCUGGCAAAUGCCGAGAAGGACAAACCCGUCAUUCCCGAAAAGCAGAAAAAGAAAAUCACGGCCGUAAUCUCGAUCUCCCGAAACGCGGCCGCCUCCGCCGAUUCAUUGGUGUUGCGUGAUAGUUCUGCCACCCAAGAAUCCUCGGAAAUGAGUCUCUCCACAGUCAUCGAAGUUUCCGAGCGCUCCGAGUUGACGCCGGUGCCGAGGAGGACAGCUAGUGCUCUGUCUGCGGAAGGUACUCUAGAGCCGUCGGAUCGUGUCGAAUCUGUCCAUGAUGAGGUACACACUUCAGAUGAAGAGAGUACAGAACCACGCACAAGAUCUUCCAUUAAUGGACCGCCGCUGCCGGAUCAUAUUAGGGACCAGAUUAAUACAUUACAGAACGUCUGGGAGGAGCUACGUCAACGCCAACUUGAGCCAAUCCAUAUCUCGGACACCGCAGCCACUCCUAGAGUCAAAUCUAGAGCCAACGAUCUGUGCCAAGCAGUGGAAAGAGUGGCUGUAGCUGCUCAAAAACGAAAGGGACAACUUCAGAGGGCUGCCGACAUGGCCAAGACGUUCGAUCAACACAGAGAGGAUGUUGAUCUGUGGAUGGGGGCUGCGGAGGAGGAUAUUGGAGAUCGAGCCCCGAUGGAAACAAAUGAAGAAAUGGUCCGGGCUGAACUUGCCCGAGUUGAGGCCAUCCUAGAGGCAAUGCCCGAGCAUCGGCAGCAUAUGCACGAAUUGAAUGUGAAGGGAAAUUCCCUUCUUGAUGAAUAUCCCCGUGAUGAGGCGCAUAAUCUCUCUCAUCUGCUCUCCCGUAUGAAUAUGCGAUGGACACAAUUCAACGAUAACGUCCGUAUCCGCCGCGCAGCCCUGGAGGCCUCCCUGCGGUCCCGCAGCGAUUUCCACUCGGCAUUGGCUGAGGUUGAGGAAUGGCUGCAGAGAGUGACGCAUAGUCUACAGAAAUUGGAUCGGAAGACGGGGAAUACGCAGUCGUUGAAGGAUACGCAGAGGAGAAGAGAGUGGAUGCAGGCGGAAAAGAAUCUUGGCCACGAAAUCGAUGCCCACGUUGAAGUGGUACGAUCGGUAGAUGAGAUGGGCAAGAAAAUACUUGGCGGGCUUGAUGCCGGCAAGGAUAAGCAGACGAUGGAGGAGCGCCUAAACGACCUGCAGCAGCAUUGGCAAGGCGUACAGCAGCUGCAGACGGCAAUUAAAAAACGACUAGCCGACGCGGAAGAGGAGUGGGAGAAGCUGACGAAAAGCCUCGCCGAGCUCAUCCACUGGACCGAGAACAAGAGCAAGCAGUUGCUCGCCCAACAACCCGUGGGCGGCUCGCUGUCGUCGGUUCUCGCCCAGGGGGCAUUUGUCAAAGGAGUCGAGAGAGAAAUCGAAGCAAAAAGCGGGCUUGUCAAGGAGGUUGUCGGUUCAGCCCAUUCCUAUUUGAUGCAACACGAUCUCCGCCCAAGAAUGUACAAACCUGGCGUGUUAGAAGAUGGGGGCGAACAUCUUGGAGACGAAAAAGACAUGGAAGAGCGGCGAUAUGGCCUUCAAAUCCACGCCGACUGCGAGCGGCUAAAGGAGAAAUGGGCCGAGCUGGGCGGGCAGAACACCGACUGGGGCAAGGUGGUCGCCGGCGCCGCUCAACGGCUGCAAGAACUCGAACGGGCGCUAGCUGAAUGUCAGCUACAUCUCAGUUCUGUGGAGCAAGAGCUCGAAACGGCACAAACCGUCGAGAAUCUGAGGUUGGAAGAGUUGAAGAAGGCGCGUGCCGAAGUCGAGGGAAUGUCGGACAGGGUUGAUCAGCUACGCGUCCACCUCGAUGAUGCGAACGACGCAUGCGGGCGAAUCCUGGCCGCAGAUAUGCCCCUCGACGCGCACCCGAAAAAUCAGCUGGACGCGGUCAAUCAGAGAUUCGGCGCCGUGAAGGCGUCAGUCCGUGUGCGCGCUGCCGCGCUGCGAAACGCUCUGAGCGAUUUCGGGCCCUCAUCCGAGCAUUUCCUGAACCAUUCCGUGACACUACCCUGGCAACGGGCCAUCAGCAAGACCAACCAACUACCGUAUUACAUCGAUCACAACACCGAACACACCCAAUGGGAACAUCCGGUGUGGGUGGAGAUGGCCAAGGAGCUCAACUCGUUCAACCGGGUCAAAUUUAUCGCGUAUCGCUGUGCGAUGAAGCUGCGUGCCCUUCAGAAGCGUCUAUGCCUGGAUUUGGUGUCCAUGCAAAUGUUGGAAAAGGCAUUCGCCCGUCUCGAGGGUCUCUCCAACGAGGAAUGCCCGCAACUCGAGGGUAUGGUCUGCUCGCUGUUGCCCCUCUUCGAGACGCUUCACCAGCAACAUCCCGGUCUCGUCAAGUCAGUCGCGUUGGCCGUGGACUUGUGCAUCAACUUCCUGCUGAACCUGUUCGACCCGUCGCGUGAUGGUCUCCUUCGGGUGCUCUCCUUCAAGGUGGCCCUGAUCGUCUUCUGCAACGCCCCACUGGAGGACAAGUAUCGUGCACUCUUCGAACUGGUCGCACAAGAGGGCCAGGCGGAUCAGAAACACGUCGCCUUGUUGUUCUACGAUCUCAUCCAUAUCCCAAAGCUCGUCGGAGAAGCAGCAGCUUUUGGCGGGUCUAACGUCGAGCCCUCCGUGCGUUCAUGCUUCGAAACGGUGAAACUCACUUCGCAUAUCCAGUUACCUCCAUUCCUGGAAUGGCUCAAGAAAGAGCCACAAUCCAUCGUCUGGCUCCCCGUGAUGCAUCGACUGGCCACUGCCGAGUUUUCGAAACAUCAGGCGAAAUGCAACGUGUGCAAAAUGUUCCCAAUCGUGGGUCUCCGCUACCGCUGUCUGCACUGCUUCAACUUUGACAUUGUGCCGACGACAUCCGGUGAAGACGUGCGUGACUUCGCGCAUAUGCUGCGGAAUAAGCUGGGGAAACGGCGGAAAACCAUCGGAUAUUUGCCGGUUGAUGUGGGGGAAGAGGGCCGACCGCUAGCCACGGCUGCACCCGCCGCACACAACCCACACACGGCACCCGUUCACUCCAGAAUCGCCGCCUGCGCCCAGCGAAUUGCCCACCUCACACAGAACGAGGCCGCCGAGCCACGCGAAGAAAUGGUGACGUCGGAUGUGAAGAGCCCGUUGCAGCUCAUCUCGCAGGUGGACCAGAUGCAAAAGGACGAACUCGAUCAACUGUUACAACGGCUACAGCUCGAGAAUGUCGAGUUGAGGAGAGAGCUGGAGAAGAAGAAAGUGGCCGUACAAAGCACUCCGGAUCUCGACAGAUCUGGGUACGGUGCCGGCACAAUGCCAAGGCAUCGAGACGGAGGGCUUCGUGGCGGCACCCUGCCUCGACUUGGCACUCAAGCUGGCACUCACGGACGAUCUGUACCCUCACUUCACACCGCCAAAAGCACCAAUGACAUUGGGGUCGCCGAAGAAGCGAAAGCCCUCCGACUCCACAAGCAACGCCUCGAGCACCGAUCCCGGAUUCUAGAGCAGCAGAACACCCAGCUCGAGAUGCAGCUGCAGCGGCUGAAGAAAAUGAUUGAGCAGCAACGAGACUCGACCUCCCGAUUGCCGUCGAUGUCGGCCGAGCGAGACUGGGGUCAGACGCUCUCUUACAAUGGCGAUCGGUCUGACUACGCGGCACCGGUGAAUGGAAAUGGCCAUCUACACGGUCCGGCGUCGAAUGAUUGGGAAAGCGACGCAGAGAAUCAAGAUGCUACCGGGUUGGGCCGAGGGCCCGACCGGAUGCACUCUCUUCUAGCUACUGUUGAUGACCUCGGAAGAGCGAUGGAGUCCCUCGUUGUAUCCGUGGUCUGCGAAAGCGACAACGAGCGA